GAAAUUGUUUCAAAGACGUCCAGCAGAAGCUAUUUUCAGAGAAGUUGGGACUUAACCUCAGCAAGGAGAUCAUGGACAGCAGAAAGAGGGCAGCAGCUUCUUCCAACUCUCCAAGUUUGGUUUUCUGGUCCUCGUCGUUCCCACGGCAACCGGCCAGGGUCCUAAUUGUGGAGGCGCUGCCGCCCCGAUGGUCAGAGACCCGCACGGUUCUUUGCGAUGCCCUGGACAACUUCUUGUCUCUGGCCUCUAGUCUGGAUGGGCCCUGUAGGAUACCUCUACUGAGCCUGUAUGCCGUCAGCAGGCAGCGGGAAUGUCUAUUGCCAUUUGUGCAAGUUCGUGGUAACUUCGCCAGGCUGCAUUCCUGUGUUGAAGAGCUGAGGUCUAUUCCAAGUGAAGGUUGUAUCAGAGGAGCAGCCGCAGGAGCUGAUCUGCUGCGACAGGCAGUGCUGGACAGUCUGCAGCAGUUUAAACAGUACAUCAGACACACCAGCGCUGGCAGUCAGGCCGGCAGCAACAUCUCUGUGGAGGUUACUCUGGUGACCAGCCAGCCAGGCCGUAGCAUUGUUCAUCAGCUGGAGAUGGGGCUCAAAGAUGCUGACCUGGUUUCACUGAAGCGACUCCUGGUAGUGCAGAUCUACAGUACAGGAGACUGGGGCCAAGACGCUCUCUCACCUGAGCCUGCCGCACCCUCAGAGACUGAAGACUCUCUGAUGCUGGGGACAGAGGUCGACCUGCAGCAGGUGGAGAACACUGUGUUUGCCAUAGAGACUGUGUUCAAGGCAUGGCUUCAGGAACAAGGUGGAGACAGAGAGCACCUUCACCUCUUGCUGCCAAGCCCCAUAGAUAACCUCAUUCCAGUGUGCGUGAAGUGUGACAUGCAGGAGCGCAUGAUAAGCCCGGCGCUCAUCCCGCUGACCCCGAACCUGGGAGUGAAGACUGAGAGCAUUCGGGACUUCCUGCCUGGCACUAAGGGCUCGGCCAAUCAAAGCCCAGCACCGCAGACACUGAAAGUGAUCAAAGUUCUGCGUGCAGAUGGGGUGUGUGAGAGUGUGUUGUACGGCCUUCCGCUGGUGAUCCGCCCAACCACCUGCUGGCAGCUGGACUGGGAUGAAAUGGAGAACAACCAGAACUUGUUCCAUGCCCUCUGCCACACACUCAGGAGUCGUGACCUGUUCCUGCUGCUGCAGGCUCAGAAGUCUGCAGCUGGAGCCUCAGGUCCAUGUGUGUAUUCCCACUAUAUCCUCCAGCCAUCUCCAUCUCUCUCCCUGCUGCUGAAGCCUGUGGUCUCCAGAGAGCUGCUGCUGCCGUGCUCACAGCUGGUUUUGGCUCAGGACCCUGCACAUCACGCCAUGCAGACUAUACAGAGCUGUCUCACUCAGCUGGAUGAGGAGUUUGUUUUAAACCCUCUCUCCCUGAGCAGUAACCUCUACCAGCACCUCAGGAGCCGAGGCCUGCUCUCACAGCCACGAUACCCAUACAGGAUUCAUCCACCACAGGAGGGCCCUAAAAGCACAGGCAGCAGACAGCCACGGCAGCUACAAAACUACAGUCGCCAACUGGGAAUGAACAACAAGGUCAGGGCCACCGUUGCUCCGCUACCCUCCUCCUCCGCCGCCUCCUCUUCCUCCUCGCUGGGACCUCCUCCCAGCAAGGCCUCCCGCCCAGCUCUGAACUUCCUCAGCAGCAGCAGCAGUGGCAGCAGUCGGGCCCCGGCCCCUACCCGGCAAGAGGGAAAUGAUGAUGAUGAUAACUCUGUGCUAAUACAGUAAGAGUGCUGCAGGGUUAGUAGCAGAAAGUGGGGAAAAGUCCAUUGUUGCAUACUUCAAAGGGGUUCCAGUGGAGUCAGAGUACCUGCAAAUGCAUAGACCCUCACACACACACACACAUAUUUGGCUAAUUGGUUUCCACUGUAAAGCUGGUGAGCAAUCAGGCAGCUCAUAAAGGCUUCAAAGAAAGGAAGAGACAAGCUAAUUUGCACGUAAAUGCACACAGGAGGUAGUGUGACACGCUGUGAACACACUUACUCUGCACUGCACUCUGGGUGGUUCUUCUGACACUUUCUUUCAUCUCUAUUUAUUCUCACCGCUCGCUCGCUCGAACAAUAUUAGUUAGAUCUGAAUUUAACAAGCCUCCGUCGCUGCAUUUGCAAGCAUGUGUGUGUAUGUGUGCAAGUGUGAAUGUGAGAAAGGAAAGUUUCAGCUCGCUGCCAUGUGCAGAUUGCUGAGUUAGCAAAACGUCAAAAUCACACACCGUAAACAAUGAAAAAAAAAAAAGCAGGAUAAAAGAUGAAAAGAAGGGAAGCGGCAGGACAAUGAAAGCGUUAAACAGUCACCCAAAAAAAUGGAGGGAAGUAAUAAGAAGUUGCAAAAAAAAAGAACAAACGUGGGUGGUGUGUGGGAGAUCAGAGGAAGAUUAAAAGCUGAUGGAUGUAUAAAAAGCACUGUCUGUGCACUACAGCACGCACGCUGGCACGCACAGCUUUAAGUCAAAAGGAAACUAGCUACAAAACUACAAUUGAUGCAUAAUAAAUGAGACGUGGUGUAUAAAGACUUAUAGCGCGCACACAUGCACAUUCCUUCUUCGCGUCGCCCUUAAGCUCCCGUUCGAACACAGCUUCACUGUUUCAACGAGCCAGAGACAGAGAGGCCUCUCUGCUCGCCUUUACCCCCGCCGCCAGCUCUCUCUCCGAGGGUUGAAAGGCAGCGUGAGGGGGAGGAGGGUGGAUGGAAGAAAACUGAUAAAAUCUGCAGUGUGUUCUGUGAAAAAGUGAAUAUGACAACUUUGCAUUGGAAAAAAACAUUCCGUUGUGUCUGCGAGUGUGUGUGUGUGUGUGUGUGUGUGUGUGUGUGUGUGUGUGUGUGUGUGUGUGUGAGACGACUUAAAGCUAUUACAUCACUGCUGGUUUGUGCAGUUUUCUAUUUACACUCACUCUGACAGUGAGUCACAUUCACACAUUAGUUACGUUUGUCCGUCGUCACUGUUAUGAAUUAAUUUCCCGUGAAUGAGCUUUGUCAUACACAGACACGCACGCUCACAGGUUUAAUGAGUCUCCCGCCAUUCCACCCCCUUACUGAACCUUAUAACAUUUGGCACAUCCCAGUGGCCAGUGACUUCAUGACGUUGUGAUGUCACACUACUUCCGCAUUCACGAAUUACGGCGACAACGACGCUUUUGUCUCUGAAAAGAAUUCAGCCAGACCUUCAAAACCAGCCACUAACAUUUUCCCCACUUCCCCCUCUCUCUCCCGUCGCUUCUUCACUCUCGCUCUUCACUUACUUUUUAAUUCUCACGAGCGCUGGAGAGCUGAGUCAACUGGUGUGAAUUUCAUAAAUUUGUUCAGAUGCAACAACAGCCGUCCCUCUGUCCCCGGAGAGGUCAGAAGGCUAGAGCCGAAGCUCUUCUGUGUGACCUGCACACUGUUAGACACACUCCUCACUAAAUGUCACAACUGUUAGAGAUAAAUGUGAUAUUACCAGAAACUGACAAAGGUUCAAUUGUUUUUGAAAUCGCAGGAAGUUUAACAGUGUCCCGCUUGUCAGGUGACUUUUUCGAUUUUUCGCUCUAAAGCAAAAGGUCUUCUCUGAAAAAUGUUUUGCAUUUGUUGUUGUUCUUUUUUUUUCCUCAUCUCACAGUGUUAAUUCGAUCGUGUUCCCGUUCAGCUUUCUUUCAUAUAUAUGAGAUAUAUAUAUACAUGUAUAAACCUGUAUCUGAUCUGUUCAUCUGCUAUGGCAUAAUAAAAUACCAG